CACUGGUGACCAACGGCACUCUGGCCCAGACCAAAGGCACAGGCGCCUCCGGCUCAUUCAAGCUCAACAAGAAGCAAGCCGAACCCAAGAAGGCAGCCAAGAAAACCGCCGCUUUCUUCCUCUGAGAAAUGGCUGAAACUGCUCCAGCUCCCGCUGCCACGCCGGCAAAAGCUCCCAAGAAGAAAGCGGCGUCCAAGCCCAAGAAAACGGGCCCAAAUGUCCGCGACCUCAUCGUCAAGACUGUGACUGCGUCCAAGGAGAGAAACGGCGUGUCUCUCGCAGCCCUGAAGAAGGCUCUCUCCGCCGGUGGAUAUGAUGUGGAGAAGAACAACUCCCGCGUCAAAACCGCAGUCAAGGCAUUGGUGACCAACGGCACUCUAGCCCAGACCAAAGGCACAGGCGCCUCCGGCUCAUUCAAGCUCAAUAAGAAACAAGCUGAGCCCAAGAAAGCAGCCAAGAAAACCGCCACGAAAGCCAAGAAGCCCGCCGCUAAGAAAUCUCCCAAGAAGGCGAAGAAGCCGGCGGCCACAUCUGUGAAGAAGGCAACAAAGAGCCCCAAGAAAGCUAAGAAGCCGGCGGCUGCCAAGAAGGCCACCAAGAGCCCCAAGAAGGCAAAGAAACCAGCAGCUGCAAAGAAAGCAGCCAAGAGCCCCAAGAAGGUGAAAGCAGUCAAGCCCAAAACGGCCAAACCCAAGGCGGCAAAGCCCAAAAAAGCGGCUCCCAAGAAGAAGUAAUCUACUAUUUCUGCUCGAUUCUUCCAUAAACUAAACGGCUCUUUUAAGAG